CGUCCUUUUUGCUUUUUUAGAGAUUUUUUUAAAAACUUUUGCUCCUCUACAAACAUUUCCAAAUGCAUUAUACUUUAUUUAGAGAGCUUUAAGAACUAGGAGGACGCCUCGACGCAGAGAAACAGCCAACUUAACUCGUCUUUUAUCAGACAAUUCUUGGACGAAAAAAUGUCAGAGCCAGAGGUCUUGCUUACCAGUGGACUGGAAUCAGAAGGAACCCUCUAUCAGAGGCUGCGAUAUCUGAGUGUGGAGGUCCAACAGCAGCUGCAGGAGACAGAGAGGAGAUAUCAAGAGGAACUGGAGAAGAGGAUUCAUCACAACACUCUGCUCUCAGAUGUGGACCGAUUGUCCAGUGAUACAAAGGAAGUAACCUGUCAAACAAAACAUGGAGGACUGAGGAGAUAUGCGUCACUACUUGCCCUGACUUCUGAUAAUAGAACAUCAAACCAUUCCAGGCCAUUAGAGGUAUCUGCUCCAGCUUUGGGUUCUUCAUCAGACUGGAAGCGUCCCUCCAGGUUGCUUCCUGACCAGACACAGCAGUGUGAACGCGCAGCUUCAUUCAAAACAACACAGCAGAGGAAAGAAGAAGAGGAGGAAGCUCAGUGCAGGAAGAAGUUCAGUGCACUCCCUGUCCCCAGUCAAGUCGGACAAUCCCUCUACUGGGAGAUGAUGGAACAGAGGGACAAAGAGAGGAAGCAAGGGCAUGAGCGAAGGAAAAACUUUCUGCUUUCGGUACAAAGACCUUUCAGCUUCCAUGAGAGAGAAAAGAAGAAACAGGAUAAGUUGGCUGCACUGGUGACCCAAGUCUCCCAGCAGGCAAAUAAGACAUCUUCAGAAAAUGUCAAACAGUCCUCUCCUAAACUACUCAAAGAGACAGAUCAGGAGGAGCAUUUCAGGAAAGUCCAUAUGAACACCACUCAACGGGAGAAGCCCGCAGCCCCUGGGGGGCCCAAACUUCGCACAGCAGAACGCACCAGAAAGGAAAAGCUGCGAUUCCUGGAUGAGAAGCCAAGCUUCCAGCCGAAGAUCAACCAUCAUGUGCCAGAUUUCAGCCGGUUGCACAAAGCUCUGCAGACAGAGGGGCUGAGAAAAUCACCAGUGAAAGAUGUGAUCAGGUGCCAGCCCUUUUACCUGAGAACAUCUGCUCUUCCUGCUAGGCAAAGGAAACAGAGCCCUGACAAGUUACAGGUUUCCAGUAGUCUCAACCGAAGUAAGUCAUGUGGGGCAUUGGCGUCAUUGUCUGCAGACACGCUUCCAACUUACAUCACAGAUGCAACAAGGAAGCGCUGCAUGGCCAUCAGGAUGUCCAUGGAAAUGAAGGAUUGGAAGAAUCAGGCGAGUGACAACUGGUUAAGGAAGUACCAAAUCAAGUCUGAGGCCAUGAGGAAAACUGUUUCCCUCCAUGCCAAGUUACUGGACCCUCACAAAAGCUUGAGAGAAGUCUAUGAUGAACGAUUACAGCACCAUCGGCAGGCAGAUCGACAAAGGACAAGCGAUUACAUGAAGGAUCUACAGGACAUGAAGGCUCGUGUUAGAGAGCGUCCCCUGUUGUUCGAACAGGUGAAACAGAGAAAUGCAAAAGCUCGAGCAGAGCAAACAUACAGGAACGAGCUGAAGAAAGCUGGUGUAAAAGAGCAGUUUGUUGAAGAAAAGGGAGGAGCGCUGAAAGGAACAUCAAUCUCAUCCACAUUGGAGGAUGACACAACCCCAGAUGUCCACAGAACUGACAAUGUGUUCCAUGGAAGCGAUGCAGAGGAGGAAAAUGUUGACGACGGUGAAGAAAAUUGAAGAUGUGGAGGAGAACAACGUGGGGGAAGGAUUGUCAUGAUCAGACGGUACAAUGUUUUUGUGGCCUCUCUGCUAGAAAACAACACUGUAUUCAAAUAUGACUCAUGUCUACCUAACCACAUCAACAAUGUGAUACGCCAACAUGUGUAACUAUAAAUUCAGAAAUCUCAAAACAUCUGAACCAGACAAUUCGAAAGGGAAAACACAGAAAAGUGUAAAUAACUGUAUAAAUAAUAAUUUUGUUAUUAUAUUUUAGAUGCUUAUAGUUGUGUGUGCCACAUCAAACAGACAAUUCUGACAAUAAUGAUGUACUUGGUUGAAUUAUGGACACCUGAUUACCGCAUUAAACAUUGAAUGGAAACAUCAGUUCAGCUCACUCUGUGGCAUUAAUGUGUGUUUGCUCAAGGGGUGUUCAAAGUGCCAUUCGCAGCCCACGGCUUUUUUUAUAUUAGCCUGUGGCACAUUGUUGAAAUAAUAUGAAACCAAAAAUUUGAAAAAUAGAGCAAAAAGGGACAAUGCAAAGAGAAAUGUUGACACAAAAAACUAAUAACAUAAAACUUUGUCUUCAAAUACCGUAUU